AUGGUGGUGCGUGUUAACUUUCGCCCGCGAAGUUCUACGAAAGGAACAAACAUGAAUGGUUUCUCUAUUUACAACAACAGCAUAGUACUGCUGUUCGGAACAAUGAUCCUGUUUCUAAUGACCUCUCUUGCAUUUUCUGCGCCAAUGGAGUCUGAAGACGAGCAAUCUGAAAAUACCCUAAUCGGCAGAGCUGUUCUUGGUGACGGAGAUUUAACAUGGGAUGCCAUCAACACGGCUGCUCUGCGCAAGAUGAUUAUGCAGAUGGAUGCUGAGGAGAGACUAGGAAUGAACCGAGAGACUCGAUCGUGGCCCAGGCAGAGCCGUGGUUGGGGCGCCCGGAACUUAGACGGUCAGAUGAAUCGCCCCUGGCGCGCGGACAAACGUCAGGCCCGUUUCCGGCAAUGCUACUUCAACCCUAUCUCCUGCUUCCGGAAAUAA